ACUUCCGGGAGGAGCGGGCGGUCGGGGUAAGAGUGUUCUACCUCCCUGGGUCUCGGUCCCUGUAAGCCAGGCAUGAAGAUCACGAGGCAGAAACAUGUCAAGAAGCAUCUCGGCUUCUUCCGCAAUAAUUUCGGAGUUCGCGAGCCGUACCAGAUCCUGCUGGACGGUACCUUCUGUCAGGCGGCGCUGCGCGGCCGUAUCCAGCUGCGGGAGCAGCUGCCCCGCUACCUCAUGGGCGAGACACAGCUGUGCACCACCAGGUGUGUGUUAAAAGAGUUAGAAACAUUGGGAAAAGACUUAUAUGGGGCAAAACUGAUUGCACAAAAAUGCCAAGUCCGAAAUUGUCCCCAUUUCAAGAAUGCUGUGAGUGGAUCAGAAUGUUUGCUCUCCAUGGUUGAAGAGGGAAAUCCUCAUCAUUAUUUUGUGGCAACACAGGAUCAGAAUUUGUCUAUGAAAGUAAAGAAAAAACCUGGAGUUCCACUCAUGUUUAUUAUUCAGAACACUAUAGUCUUGGACAAACCUUCUCCCAAAACUGUUGCUUUUGUUAAAGCAGUAGAGUCAGGUCAACUUGUCUCAGUGCACGAGAAACAAAGUAUCAAGCAACUCAAAGAAGAACAGGGUUUAGUGAAAAACCCGGAACAGAGAAGAAGAAAAAAACACAAGAAAAUAAGUGGCCCCAAUCCUCUUAGCUGUUUGAAGAAAAAGAAGAAAGCACAGGAUACAAAAUCACCUGCCUCUGAAAAGAAAAGAAAAAGAAAAAGAAUCCGGAACAGAUCUACCUCAAAAGUACUUUCUGAAAAGCAGAAUGAUAAGGAAUGAAUUCCUUGAAUACUUUUAAAGACAUUCAAAUGUGAAAAACAGAUUUCUUUUUAAAACUGUGGAAGUACUUACAAUAAAAGACUGCUAUUUUUAUAAAUAAAUAUUGACCCAUAAGCCUUUGCCUAAAAUUA